CGGCGACUGCGGCCGCGCCUGCGAGAGAGGGCGGGUCGGGGUCAGCUGCUGCAGGCGGGCGGGCGGGAGCGGGGAGCUGUGGGCGGCCGCCGUGUCUCCUGCCACCGCCCUCCCUCCGCCACGAUGCCGGGAAUCGACAAGCUGCCCAUCGAGGAGACGCUGGAGGACAGCCCGCAGACAAGGUCUUUACUGGGUGUAUUUGAAGAAGAUGCUACAGCUAUUUCCAACUAUAUGAACCAGUUGUACCAAGCUAUGCAUCGGAUUUAUGAUGCACAGAAUGAAUUAAGUGCAGCAACACACCUGACUUCAAAACUUUUAAAAGAAUAUGAAAAACAGCGCUUUCCACUGGGGGGUGAUGAUGAAGUUAUGAGUUCAACUUUGCAACAGUUUUCAAAAGUUAUAGAUGAGCUUAGCUCUUGUCAUGCAGUACUUUCAACACAGCUUGCUGAUGCCAUGAUGUUCCCCAUUACCCAGUUUAAAGAAAGAGAUUUGAAAGAAAUAUUGACGUUAAAGGAAGUGUUUCAGAUUGCUAGUAAUGAUCAUGAUGCUGCAAUUAACAGAUAUAGCCGAUUGUCAAAAAAAAGAGAAAAUGAUAAGGUAAAGUAUGAAGUCACAGAAGAUGUCUACACCUCCAGAAAAAAACAACACCAGACCAUGAUGCAUUAUUUUUGUGCAUUAAAUACUCUUCAGUACAAAAAGAAAAUAGCAUUGUUAGAACCUCUACUCGGGUACAUGCAAGCUCAGAUAAGUUUCUUUAAGAUGGGUUCUGAAAAUCUCAGUGAACAGCUGGAAGAAUUCCUGACUAAUAUUGGAACAAGUGUACAGAAUGUUCGCAGGGAAAUGGACAAUGAUGUAGAGACCAUGCAGCAGACAAUAGAGGAUUUGGAAGUAGCCAGUGACCCCUUAUAUGUACCUGACCCAGAUCCCACGAAAUUUCCUGUUAAUCGAAACUUAACCCGGAAAGCUGGAUACCUUAAUGCUAGGAAUAAAACAGGCUUGGUGUCAUCUACCUGGGACAGACAGUUUUACUUCACGCAGGGUGGAAACUUAAUGAGUCAGGCACGUGGGGAUGUAGCAGGAGGCCUCGCCAUGGACAUAGACAACUGUUCGGUAAUGGCUGUUGACUGUGAAGACAGGCGGUACUGUUUUCAGAUCACUUCCUUUGAUGGAAAAAAAUCUUCAAUUUUGCAAGCAGAAAGUAAAAAAGACCACGAAGAGUGGAUCUGUACAAUAAAUAACAUAUCCAAACAAAUAUAUUUAAGUGAAAAUCCAGAGGAAAUUGCUGCACGAGUAAAUCAGUCAGCUUUGGAAGCGGUCACUCCUUCCCCAUCUUUCCAGCAGAGGCAUGAAAGUCUGCGCCCGGCAGGACAAUCUCGGCCACCGACAGCUCGAACCAGCAGCUCAGGAUCCUUGGGAUCUGAGUCCACAAAUUUGGCUGCCCUCUCUCUAGAUUCUCUUGUUGCCCCAGACACUCCAAUACAGUUUGACAUCAUUUCUCCUGUGUGUGAAGAUCAGCCUGGCCAGGCAAAAGCCUUUGGCCAGGGAGGCAGGCGCACAAAUCCAUUUGGAGAAUCCGGAGGAGGUACAAAAUCUGAAACUGAAGAUUCUAUUCUUCAUCAGUUAUUUAUUGUCCGAUUCCUUGGUUCCAUGGAGGUGAAAUCAGAUGACAAUCCAGAUGUUGUUUAUGAAACAAUGCGGCAAAUUUUAGCUGCCCGGGCCAUCCAUAACAUCUUUCGUAUGACAGAGUCACAUUUAUUAGUCACUUGUGAUUGUUUAAAGUUAAUUGAUCCACAGACACAAGUUACAAGGCUCACGUUUCCAUUACCCAGUGUAGUUUUGUAUGCUACACACCAGGAAAAUAAAAGGCUUUUUGGAUUUGUUCUUCGGACAUCAGGGGGCAGAAGUGAAAGUAAUCUGUCAUCAGUCUGCUACAUAUUUGAAUCAAACAAUGAGGGGGAAAAGAUUUGUGAUUCUGUUGGACUGGCAAAACAGAUAGCUUUGCAUGCAGAACUGGAUCGUAGGGCAUCAGAAAAACAAAAGGAAAUAGAGAGGGUAAAAGAGAAACAACAGAAAGAACUCAGUAAACAAAAACAAAUCGAAAAGGACUUAGAAGAACAAAGUCGGUUGAUAGCUGCUUCCAGUAGACCAAACCAAGCCAGUAGUGAGGGGCAGUUUGUUGUCCUUAGCAGUAGCCAGUCAGAAGAGAGUGAUUUGGGAGAAGAAGGAAAGAAAAGAGAGUCAGAAGCAUGAACUUAUCCUUGCUUUUUGGUUGGUAUUACCCCCCUUGGAAUUUAUUGACGGUUUCUGUGGUGAAAUGGCACAAGGUAACAACUUUGUCGAUAUACCAAGGAGACUAAAGUUUAUAUUUACCUGUUUUAACUUCAUUUUUUAAAAUAAGAUUGACCUUGACCACUUAGGUAUGCACUGUUUUUUUUUUUUUUUCCUUAAAAACGAUAUACUAUGCAGUAACAUCAAAUUCCACAUGUCUAAAAGAAACCUGUUCAUCUCCUUGAAGUAGAUUGCUGAGGAAUUAACACUUGUUCAAGCCUUUUUUCCUUCAAAUUUUGAACUUCUUGCGUUGUAAUUGGCUGUGACCAUAAGAAACCAUUAUUCUUCAGCUUCAGAUAUUCAUGGAUAUGCUUCCUCUUCUCGUUAGGAACAUUUUUGCUGGCAGUGAGGAAGCUUUCAACUGAAUCGGUUCAAAACCUUUAUACAGAGAAUUCUACAAGUUUGCAAAUAUUUUAACUAUUAAAUGUGCAAUAGAACUUUUAUAAAGUAAUUAGAAAAAAGAUUUUAGGCUUAAGGUUUCAAAUUGUGGCAGGUGGUACUGUGAUUUCAGGGCACUUUCUGGGAUUGCUCACAUUUCUCUGAUGUAUGACACCUGAUGCCAGUGGGAAAGAAGCUUAAGUGUCUUCAGUUCAGGAUUGAUACAGCCCUUGGCAUUUAAUUAUUCUUAGUUCUCAGGUUGGAACUUGAAUUAUUGCUGCAGAGCAGUAAUGGUUAAAAUAAGAUUUUGGAAUUUAUUAAAAGGGAUUUUCUUUGUUCAAGUACAUUUUAGAUUAGGACUUAAAAUGUAAAGAUAUUGUUACAGGAUAAUACAUCAUAUUUUCUGCAUUGCGUGAAAUAAUUUUUAUUGAAAAUCAAGUGACAUUUCAAAAGAAAUUCUAUAACGGUUGUUGCCUGCUUAAAGUAUAAAUGCCCAGAGUUUAGUUUAGAAAAUGUAAUCUUUUAAAUUUCAGACUGAUAUGCACAGUAUUUUCAUAAUUCCAUGUUUUGAUAAAAUACUGAUCACCACUUUAUAUCCACAAAGGCAAAUAACUAAUAUAUGAGAAUAGAAUAAUUUGCACUAGUUAUUGUACAUACUUCUACUCUUCAAAUGUGUAAAAGGUCUAAUUCUAUGAAAUAUUGAAAGGAAAUUGAAUGUUCGGUAUAAGAGAGUUGACCAAGGAAGGAUUUUAGCCUAGUGCCAAGGUUAAAUGAUACUUCCCUGCUGCCUCCCUCUAUGUCAAAACUUGAUUUUUUUUCUUUACUCAGAUUUUUAACAUUGCUGAUAGAAAUUAUGUUCCUUUGUUUCACGUGUAAAACUAUAUAGAGACAGGUUAAUUAUAUUGAGUAAAAUAGUCACAUAACUAAAAUUUUCAAGAGAUUUGCCAGCCACUAAGACUAAUUUUACAAGGGGAAAAGCCCUUUGUUCUUUGAUAUAGUCGUGUUAGUCCUGAAUUUAGAAGCAGCAUCUGUUUUAGCUCUUACAAUAUAGUGUGGCUGUUUCACAUGGUGUGCACCCUGUUUUCUGUGGAAUGGAAUAAUUAUACAUAGGAUCAUGAUAUUCUUUUUAUCCAUGUGCCAAAUGGGAAUAAUGAUUACUUGAUAAUCAUUAUUUUGAAGCCUUAUGUUACCAAAACAGAUAGUAAAAAAGUAGAAAUUUACAGAAUACUUUCUGAAGACAGUUGAUUUUGUGCUUGCUAAAUGGGAAUGCUUUCUUGAUAGUUUGUGUGUCAUUCCUUUGGUAGAAGUCAAAAUUUCUGUUGUCAGCACUUGAUUUAGCCAUGGUAGGUCUGGCUUUUAACCCUUCUGAGAAUUAGUAAGCUCUCUGUUUCAUUAAGUCUUUUGUUUAUACUAUUCAGUUGUUGCCUCGCUUGGUUCAGAUGAAACUUGUCACCCUACAAGGAAGGUGGUUAGCAUUAGGGGCAGUUUUACGAGGCUGGCGCUUUGCAGGGUAACUAAGUGCUGCCCUUUGUUAGUACUCUGGGUCAAAGUGAAGGCUAAAGUUAAAGGCACUGGCAGACUUAGGUAGUUCCUUUUAAGUCAUGUUUUGAUAGGAAUUUCCUUAAUAAUACUCCUAUGUCCACAGAUCAGACCAAAGAGCAUUCCAACACCAAAUCGAAGUUAUUAUGUGGGAUUAACAAUUUUAGAUAUUUCAACUUUUGUUCCAUUGCUCUAGAACUAUGUGAACUAUUCCAUACUACAGAUAUUUAAGCAUCAAUUUUAAGAAACUUUCCUUUUUGUUUGACGAAGGCUGCCCAUGGGUUUCUGCAUAAUGUUAAAGCUGAUCUUGGUCUGUUACCCUUUGAAAUCCCUUCUGGCUCUUGGAUGCUUUGGUGGUGAUUGAAUUAGAAUUUGGGAUAGCUUUCUCAGAUUCAUACUUAUGCUUGAUGGUUUUUAGAAAUUAACAAAACUGAUUCUUUAAAAGAAAAGAAACUAAGUCUACCUAAUUCAGCUAUGCAUUCUGCUACCUAUACAAACAGUACUUUUAUAACUAUGGUAAUGAAAUCAGUAGACAGGAAACUAAGUAUUGCUUCUCCCUUUCAAAAUUUUAAAAACUUGCUAACAAGGGACUGGACAAAGUUCCCAAGGCCAGUCUUGUUUUUGCUAUUUCUACAAUGACUAGUAUGUGUUUAAUUUCAAAAGAAUUCUCAGGCUCUAGGGGUGGUAAAAUGACGUUACCUUUAUGCUUGGGAAAAGGGGAGUAGGGUAUGCGUAACACAUUACAUAACAUAUAAUCCUGUGUGGUAAAGGCAUCUGACGUUAAUUUUGAGUUACAUGUAGGAGCUACAAAUAUUUAAGAUUUGAAUCUUAUUAUAAAUGCUGAUAGACCCCAAGAUCCCAUGUAUUGCAAAACCUUCUGCUACCUGAAUUAAUUAAUAAAAUGAAAAUACUAACAUUGGUUUUGACAACGACCUCCUAGCAUUCAAACUGUACUUAAAAUAUUCAAACACACUGAUUGUAGCAAGCAAGGCUUUCAUUUUAUUUUUUAGCAAGUUUGACUUACUCUUCUUUCAUGAGAUUUUGUUCUACAUUAAUGACACACAUUGAAACUGGAACUAUACGACACUUUUAAACUAGUCUCUUGUGGCUUGUACUCAUGUAAUUUACUUCAGUUAAUAUGAGAACUGGGGAUUAAGUUAUAACUAAUGUGCAAAACUGCUUUGUAUAUUUGGUGAUUUUGUAAUGUUAAGUGAAUUGGUUAAUUCUUAUCUCACUGAUACUAUUAAUCAUGCAUAUAUACAAUUAAAAAUCAUGCUACAUUUCCUUUUAGAAUUGAAUUUGAAGAACUCAAUUUUUAUGUAAUGGUGGUAUACGUGUGGGGUGGAGAGCUUAUUUUUUGUCAAAGUAGGUAUUCUCUGACAAGGCUUCAGGAACUAUGCUGUUAGAAGAUUUUUAAAGUAUAAUAAAGUCCAUGAUUUUUGUAUAGUC